AUGGAUAAACGGAGAGGGCUUCCACAGCGGAAGCCUGACUUGGAAUUUUACCUCCAUCGUGUCUUCCGCAAAAAAUCUUUCCGACCGCUGCAGCGCGAAGUCAUAUCCGCUGUUGUUGAAGGUCAUGAUGUCUUCCUCCAGGCCUCGACUUCCUUUGGCAAGAGUCUUUGCUUCCAACUUCCUGCCGUUAUCGGCACUGGAUUGACUAUUGUCAUCUGCCCGCUUCUUGCAUUGAUGAUGGACCAAGUCAAUGCUCUCCAAGCGAUUGGUGUAGCCGUUUCGACCAUCAACUCCAACACACCUUUGGCCGAGCGACGCUUGAUCUUGGAUGAUAUGCUCUCGGGUCACCCGUGCACUCGCCUUCUCUACGUGACUCCCGAACUGUGCCAGACGGAUAGUUUUCGCCGCAACUUGCAAGUCAUCCAUCGGCAAGAGCAGUUGCAACGGAUUGCCAUCGACGAGGCCCACUGCAUCAGCGAAUGGGGCCAUGAUUUCCGCCCAGCUUACCAGGAGCUGCGCUGGUUCAAGCAGAACCUCACCAAUCCUCCUGUACCUAUCACGGCUCUCACAGCCACAGCCACACCACGCGUCCGCUCGGACAUAAUCAACAUCUUGGGCCUUGACACUACACAGUUGAGAUUGUUCAACACUCCAUCUGCACGCCCAAAUAUCCAUUACGAGGUGCGAUACCUUCAGGAAUACUCCGAUGAUGAGGACCAGCUUCGCAAUCUUCUCAAAUGGCUUAAUGCUAUUCAGUCCCGGCGGACGGCUCGAAUUGGCGCAGAAGCCGCAACUAAAUUACCGCCAAUAUCCGGCAUCAUCUACGUCGGACUUCGUGCAAUGUCAGAAAAGCUCGCCGCAGAGCUUUCGCGCGAAAGCAACAUCGCGGCAGUUGCCUAUCAUGCAGGACUCGCCGCGCAAGAACGAACCCGCAUCCAGGCAUUGUGGACGUCAUCAAAACCCUGCGAAUCGAAAGACGGUAAACCUUCACCCACCUUCUCGAUUAUUGUCGCGACCAACGCUUUCGGCAUGGGAAUUGACAAUUCCCACGUCCGAUUUGUUGUACACUGGACACCACCUCGCAGCUUCGAAGGGUUUGUUCAGGAAUCCGGUCGUGCAGGACGUGACGGGCGUGCCGCCGCAUCACUCGUCUACUACAGUCCCCAAGAGCGAGACCGGAUCGGUGACCGUCUCAGCCGCGACGCGGAGAAUUUAAAGAACCGCGGCGGACCAAAGCCGCAUGUGGAAAGUCAGUUGAAGAACCAUGCCGCUCGCUUGGAGAGUUUCCAGAAGGUCAUUCGGUAUUGCGAGAGCAUCACUAAGUGCCGGCAUGACAUGAUCAAGGAUCUUUUUGGAGACUUUGAGCUGGAAGAGAUGGGUUCACAGCGGCCGCCUUCCUCGCAAGCGAUGGAUUCACGUGGAGGGAUGAGCUCAUCACCUUGUGAUUUUGCCUGUGACUUUUGCAAGGAGGGUCGCGGUGGUUUGGCGAAGAGGCAAGCGAAGAUGGCCCCCGAUUACAUGAUGCAGGUGAUGUAUGAGGGCUAUGAUUGA